UAUUCAUAUUUUUAUUACUGCUUCUUUGAGGUUAUGCUUGUGGAAUAGUAAGAGCCACAUUGUGGAGGAAAAAAAAGCAAUCUUCUAUUUGUUAUUUUGAAACAGAAAAAUUCAGUUCUUGCUUUUUUUUUUUCGUUCUUGACUUCUGUCAUGUUCAUGUAUUAUUUUUCCUAUCAAACGCUUUGGAUUCUUAAAAGUGAUAUCCAAGGUUUUCCUAAAAGAGUUUAUUCAUGUGUUCCUCGUGGCUUAUACCUCUUAAUCCGUGGCACUACCUACAAGUUGCUUGUGAGGCUGUUACAAAAUACAGCAAAGGAAAAAAGAAAACAAUAGUAGAAGAGACAAAGGAAGUCAAAGAAAACAAGCCAUAUCUAGAAGAGCAGUAUCUAAAAAGCUGCAUACUUAACAGAAAUGAAAUAGAACAGACUGUCAGUCAGCCGACAGGCAUUGACUUUAACGAAUGGAUAGCCUCACAUACUUUAGGUCAUUUCAAUCAAAUCAAUUUGUUAUAUGGGUGUAUUAUAGAAGUAUGCACAGCGGCAUCCUGCCCUACAAUGUCAGGUCCUGGAGCAUUAACUUAUUUAUGGUGUGAUGAUAAGGGAAAGAAAACAAAGGCAUCAAUUGCAGCUCCUCAGUAUAUAGACUACGUCAUGACCUACGUGGAGAAAUAUGUCCAUGAUGAUGCAGUUUUUCCCUCGAAAUUUGGAAUGACCUUUCCAAGCACAUUUCUAACAACCGUUAAGAAAAUUGAGAAGCUGCUAUUUCACGUCUUAGCCCACUUAUUCUGUGCGCAUUAUGCAGACUUUGUCAAGCUUGAACUACAUUCUCACUUGAAUUGCGUUUUUAUCAACUUUUACUUGUUUAACAUGGAGUUUAACACACUGGAUCCCAAAGAGACUGCCCCAUUAGAUGACUUAAUACAAGCAAUGGAUUUAGCUCCCCCUUCCCAGAGUUAGUGGCAUACUGGUGGUAGUUUGGCUGGCCAUACUUGGACAUUUGCCACACAUUCUACUGCUGGAGGGUAUGGACUUGGUAUUUAUCAGUCCUCUUGCUCAAAAAACAAUACGGUCUUCUUUAGUUUGUUGUCCAAUUGGAUAUUUCUCAGUAAAGAAGUCUUGUUUAUUUAUCAGUCUGGCAAUUAUCAUCAAGAACGCUAUUCAACCAGAAAAUACACUGUCAAAUACAAGAAGUGGCCAACAAGUGCAUGGCUUGCAUGGUGUCUACCCUGGAGUGAUUAAAGAUGACUGAAACACCAAAUGCUCCAAUCUUCAAUGAAUUUUUCAAAACGUUUUUCAAAAUGGUACAAGAAACUUUGUUCAACGAAAUGAUGUUGUAAAUUUAUUAAAUUAAUAUUAUUAUAUUGAGAAGGAAUGGAGGGGAUCUAUUGCUUUCCUUAGGGCAUUUUUACAAACUGAAUGUUCUUUGCAAAUAGCAAAAUAUGGGAAAAAAUAAAAAAUAUGAUAAUUUUG